CCAAAGCGAAACCCCAACCCCAACCAACAGCAAUCAGUCAUGGAAAUCAACCGAGGGAGGCAGGCGCCCGCCGCGGCAGGCCCCCUCCUGCCGCCUCCAGGGGCCGUGCCGCCGCCGGCCACCUGGAGCUCCUCGGGGUGCUCCGCCUCCGGGCGAGGGGCGUCCCCGCGUGGAUGCUCCCGCCGUACAUCCUCCUCGAUGUGGACAUAUACGGCUCCAACCCGCGACAACUCCUGGAGUCGCACGCGCCUGCCACCGCCUCCGACGGCACGUCGGCCCUCUACUUCCUGAGCGUGGUCCGCGCGAAGACGGCGGGCGACUACAGAGAGAGGAGGAGCGUCCCCGGGGGGUUCUGGAGGUCGGAUCGAGCCCCGGUGCCGCUCGUCUCCGAGGCGAUUCAAGGUACUCGGCGCACCUUCUUCUACACCGAGCUGGGGUCGCACUCGCACGGGGAGAAGAUCGGUACGGGGUUCAUGAUGCAAGAGCUCAUCCUCGUCGGCGAGGAAGAGGCGCGCCAAGGCGGCGACGGAUUGGCCUUGUGCAAGAUCUAUGUGAGUCCGCACGGAGGGAGGGACGCGCCCGGCAUCGCCAAUUCAAUCAACAAGAGGAAGAUCGGGGAGCAAGGCGUCGCCAGUUCAAGCAAGAGGAGGAAGAUGGUGGCCGGGGCCGCCUCCUUCUCUCCGGCUCCUGUUCGGGCCGCCUCGGCGCCUGCGCCUGCUCUCCGCCCGGCGCCUGCUCUUCCGGUGAGGAGCUCCAGUCUGCCUCAACAAGGAGGAGCUCCAGUCCUCAGCAAGGCCCCUCCCCUGCGCCUCCUCUCCGCUCCGCGCCUGCUCUUCCGGUGAGGAGCUCCAGUCCUCAGCAAGGCCCCUCCCCUGCGCCUCCUCUCCGCUCCGCGCCUGCUCUUCCGGUGAGGAGCUCCAGUCCUCAGCAAGGCCCCUCCCCUGCGCCUCCUCUCCGCUCCGCGCCUGCUCUUCCGGUGAGGAGCUCCAGUCCUCAGCAAGACCCCUCCCCUGCGCCUCCUGUGGGGCAGGGCGCCUGCAUCUCCUCUGCGCCUCUCAGGCAAGCUGCCUCCACCUCCUCGGCGCCUGCGGCAUCCACCUCCCCGAACGAAGCCAGGCGAUUGCUCGUUCUGGAGAUCUGCAAGUCCCCCCUCAUGGAACGGGGGAAUAUCUUGAAGCAUAUAAUCUACGGAGCUGCGGAGAUUCUGGGUGGGACAAAGCGAACUUUAGACUGCACCAAUUUGGUCCUCUUCGAGAAGAAGAAGAUGCUGGGAACAGAAAGUUUUCAAGAUAUCUCAAGCCCUGCUCUGGAUACCCAUCACCUGUCAUUCACCUUUCAGGAGAUAAAUGCGGCGACAUUAGGCUUCCGGAGAGAUCACUUCCUCGGAGAAGGCAGGUCCGCUAAGGUGUAUAAAGGUGUGCUGCUAGAUGGCAAUAAUGUAGCUAUCAAGGUUCUCAACCCCAAUGGAUUGCAUGGGAACAAAGAAUUCUGCACAGGAGCUAUGGCGUUGAGCAGGAUUUAUCACCCGAACCUUCUGAAGCUUGGUGGCUUUUGCACCGAUGAUAAUCAAAGAAUAUUGAUUUAUGAAUAUAUGCCUUUGGGCUCAUUGGAAAAACAUAUUUUCGAUCUUUCCCCUCAUAAGAAGGCGCUUGAUUGGAAUACAAGGAUUAACAUACUUGCUGGGGCGGCUGAAGGCCUGAAGCACUUGCAUGUUAACUGCAACCCUGCAGAGAUACACGGUGAUGUGAAAAGUGGGAACAUUUUGCUUGGCGAGGGAUGUCAUCCCAAGUUGUCUAACUUUGGCUUGGCAAAGCUAGGUCCGCCUGGUGACAAUACUCAUGUUCCAACCAGAGUGAUGGGUACAUCUGGGUAUUGUGCGCCGGAGUAUCUUGAGAGUGGUGAGUUGACUAUCAAGUCAGAUGUUUUCAGCUUUGGUGUUGUCAUAAUGGAGGUUAUCACAGGAAGAAACGCUUUAGGAUGGAGUCUUACCAGAGCUGAGCCUACCCUUGCUGAAUGGGCCACGCCUUUGACCAGGAGAAAUGAUUUUACAAAGUAUGCCGACCCAGCGCUUGGCAACAAGUACAACAAGAAAUCACUGCUUCAGGUUCUUUCGGUUGCGCGGAUGUGUCUAAAUCCAGCAGCCAGCCUAAGGCCUGACAUGGCAGACGUAGCGGCGGCACUUACUAACAUCUCAAUGUCUGCUGGUACCGACGUAUAGUUUCCGGCCAUUGUAUGAUGAUGAUGAUACUGUGCUCUAGAAGAGUCUCCAUUUCCCAGUCCGAUAUGAUCGAAUCGCUGGAGGGGGGCAGUUUUGCCUGUAAAAACUAUAUAGAUACAUAGAUAAAGUAGGAGCAAAUUGUGAUAUGUGCUUGGAGACAUAGUUAUUGAGUAUUAUCUGCCAUUUUUCAGGUGCU